GCACUCUAUAAUUACUAACAACAAGUUUGCCGUGCGCCAAGCUCGACAUAAUCCAUGCUAUCGGCGAAAUCCCGCCAGCACAAUCUUCGCCAUGGAUAUCCACCGAUCCCGCUUCGUGCCCUAUCCACCAUCCGCGAUAAAUGCUCUCGCCUUCUCCCACGCAGCAUCAGAAAAUGAUAAUGAAGACCUCGCAUGUCUGAGACUAGCUCUCGGUCGUGCCAAUGGCAAUAUCGAGAUCUGGAAUCCUAACAAGGGCUCAUGGCUUCAAGAGCGGGUCUUCAGCGGGGGAAAAGACAGGAGUGCCGAAGGCUUGGUGUGGACACAAGAUGCAGACGGAAAGGAUGAGCGAGGAAAUUUUGUCCCCGGUAGAUUGCGCUUGUUCAGCAUAGGGUAUUCCACCAGUAUCACGGAAUGGGACCUAGUAACAGGUCUCCCCGCACGCCACUCCAAUGGUAAUCACAGCGAUGUGUGGUGUUUCGCAGCGCAACCUAAGCUGAGGAUAUCCGAGAAGAGCGAACGUGGGUUGGAUGCGUCUCUUGGACAAAACCUAGUGGCGGGCUGUGCCGACGGCACUCUAGUGCUACUUUCCACCGGGGAUAACAACCUCAGGUUCGAUAAAUUUCUCGCGCGGUCAUCGACCAAAAAGGCACGCGUACUUAGCGUCACAUACAAAGAUCGGAACACCGUCUUGGCAGGUUUCGCAGACAGCAUGAUUCGGGUCUUCGACACACGGAGCGGCCGGAUUCUGAGGAACAUCUCCUUGGGAAGUGGACCCCCAGGUGGGCCUAGAGAUAUACUCGUGUGGAAAGUUAGAUGUCUUCCAAACGGCGAUUUUGUUUCCGGAGACUCUACGGGAGAUAUUCGAAUAUACGACGGCCAAAACUUCGGCCAGCUUCAGCGAAUUUCGGGUCAUGAAGCGGACGUCUUGGAUCUGGCAAUCUCAAAGAACGGUAACAUGAUCUUCAGUGGAGGUAUGGACCGCCGGACGUGUUUCUACACCUGCAACAAGAAGUCUGGCGCUGCUCGAGGGUAUGCAGGAGACAGAUGGUGCAAAGUAUCUCACCAGAGAUAUCAUGACCACGAUGUCAAAGCCAUGGCUACAUAUGAAGGAAAACAAUUGAACGUUAUGGUGUCUGGAGGCAUCGACACCCAACCCGUUGUUGUUCCCCUCCGCCAAUAUGGGCGGGAGCUCAGCCGUAAACUUCCCGCUUUGCCACAUGAGCCUCCAUUGGUGAGCGCUUCCAACGCACGCCUACUAGUGAGCUGGUGGAACACCGAAGUGCAAAUAUGGCGCGUCAAACAAUACCUUGAUGUUGCGAAGAAGCCCAAGCUUGUCGCCAGAAUAGCUCUGCGAGGGGAGGAAAACAUUACAUCGGUGACCAUAACAGAAGAUGGCGGGCUUUUGGCAGCUGCAACCGCUGCUGAGGUUAAACUGUUUCAACUCGGUCCUGCCAACCUAGCAUCGGGCUCUGGCUUCCGAAUUCGAAAAUUAGAGAUUCCGUGGAAAGCAGGAGCUAAACUUGUGCGGUUCUCUUCGGACGGAAAGUGGCUGGCCCUCAUAUCAGCCACCAACAAUAUAACAUUCAUACGCGUGAUAAGACAAGAUGUAACCGACCGCCCACGGGCAAUUCCCCGAAUUCUUCGUCUACAUCGACUCCCAAGGAACGAUAUACAACAAGACCCGCUCAACGGACCUUGGGGACAUUACAGCCGAUCAAUUACUCACGCUGGCUUCUGUCCGGACGGGACCGUCUUUGCGGUUGCAGAUUUAGCUGGAUAUGUUGACUCCUGGCUGAUUGAAGGGCACGAGGAUCCUUCUGCACCCGAAGUCGAUGUUGACGAAUCUUCAGCAUCUUCCACGUCCGAGGGUGACGACGGCUUAGAAGAUGAGGACAUGACCUCACAGGAGCGAACGACAAUACUAGGCCAGGGAUGGGUACCUAAUCCAUCAGGACAUCUUCUCCCUAGGCUAGAUUCGCCUCCUCUUCUGCUUUCAUUUCGACCUAGGGCCGAGGGAUCUAUUCAACUACAGCCCAAUGGGAACCCCACAGCACAUUAUAGCCCACAUCCCCACUUACGUGCUCUACCGAAAGCGGAACAGCAUCUCCUGCUGGUGUCGGCAAAUCAUCAGCUAUACCAGUUUGAAGUUUUGGGUAGCCGACUCUCGGACUGGUCAAGAAGGAACCCGCCAUCAACUUACCCUUCAAAAUUUCGUUUGCUUGAUGACCCAGUCAAAGGGUGUACUUGGGAUGUAGCCAACGGAUAUCAACGUCUUUGGCUACAUGGCGAAAAAUGGUUGUUCAUGUUUGAUCUCGCUGUCGACUUACCCCUUGGAGAAACAACGGAUGAGAACCGCCCAGCCAAACGUAUUGUAGAGAAUAGAAUGGUGGCGUCGAAGAAACGGAAGCGCGAGCCUAUAAAAGAAAUUUCCAGGAAGAAAAAGAGCGGCGCGGGUGACGCGGUCCCGGAAAAUGAGACAAUGGUUACAAAAGUGCGCAAAUUCCACAGUGGCAAAACUGACGAAUCCGACAAGCUCAACUGGAUCGACCUCAAUAAAGUUGACCGUGUUGGUGCAGAGUCUGACGAAGACUUUAAUGAUACGCAUCAAGCAUUAGCCACUCUUCGAAGAUCGGGAGGAUAUGGUGGCCAGUCUACGACCCAGAUCGUACCGGGUAAUGGAGAGGUGCAGCAAGAGGAGGCCUUGCAGACAGAUUUAGAGUCACAGGAGAAGGGCGAAGAUUUGGCGGAUCACAAGCGUCGUGUGUGGGAGUCAUGGUGGCACACUUUCAAAUAUCGACCGAUUUUGGGUAUGGUACCGAUUGGAGGAGACAACCAGCCGCUCGAAGUGGUUCUUGUUGAAAGACCGUCAUUUGAUCUGGACCUUCCACCAAGGUUCAUCAGUGGUCACGACUGAUAUGUUUCAUGCCAUCACCCUCUUAUUCCUUCUUGAGUGAGGAGAGUCGAGACAACGCGUGGUCCUCGCCCAGUCAAGUAGUUUCAAAUAUCUCGGUCAAAGCUCCAACACUGCUCCAAACAUGAUCGCUAAUUCAC